AUGGAACAAGACACAUCGUCCAAGAUUGAUUCCUUGCCGCACUCUGAUUCAAACGCGUCACUCGACAACGUUGAACUCGACGAACCGCGGGCUCCUGAGACUACCUCCGAAAAUGAGGACCACAUUGUAGAAGAUGACACUGAAGCAUCUCCGACUCCAGAAUCGACCAAUGGGCAGCCGAUCGAGCGAGUCGAGCAAGAACCGAUAGAAGAACCCAUACAAAUUAAUGGGGACAACGCGAUACACACCAAUGAAAGCGAGCCCGUAGUAGCCCCUCCAAUUCCUCCGAAAGUAGAGCAGCCAGUGGAAGGAAUCUCUGUACCCAGGGAGUCAACUUCCGAGGUCAAACCCACAGAGACGCCAAAUGAUUCUCGACAGGAUUUCCGAGUGCAAUCACCGAGUCUGUCCGUCGCGAGCGGUAACCCUCACAAGCGCUCGAUGACCAUCUCAAAAGGGCACAACGUAUCUAUGGUCCUCAUAACGAGCGCUUUGGAGACAAUAGCUUCAUCAAAAGAGGCACGGCGCUCUACUCCGUUACGGGAAAGCACGCAAAAAGCAUUGGAUUUGAUUCGGUCGAAUCAAGGAGGAGAUAGACCACGGGAGAUCUUCGAACCGUUGAGACUUGCUUGCGAGACUCGGAAUGAAAAGCUUAUGAUUGCAAGCUUGGACUGCAUCUCAAAAUUAAUUUCUUAUUCAUUCUUCACAGAAGAUGACCAAGGCUCAUACGCUCUCCCUUCACCCCCGCCCUCACCGAACCCAGCGCGGAAUAGAUCGUCCGGAGGCUCCCAGGGCGCUACUCCACUUCCUUCUCUUGUCGACCUUGUUGCCAAUACCAUUACUUCAUGUCACACCGAAACGACCCCGGAUUCUGUGUCAUUGCAGAUCGUUAAGGCGCUUCUGUCUCUAGUUCUAUCUCCCAGCAUUCUUGUCCACCAUUCCUCGCUUCUAAAGGCUGUACGAACGGUUUACAAUAUUUUCCUUCUCAGCACCGAUCCCGUUAAUCAAAUGGUUGCUCAAGGUGGUCUUACCCAAAUGGUUCAUCACGUAUUUUCAAGAUGUCGACGCGGGAAUGUCAAACAGUCAUCAUCGGAGACGAACCAGGCGGAAUAUGCGGGCGGCAGUCAGCUAUCUUCAGCUCGGGAAUCGUUUGCUCUUUCUCGUUCCGAGCUCGAUACUCGAACUUCCGUUAGCGUAACCACUGAAGGCUCCCAUCAAUCCAAUGGUUCGGCAGAGAAGGUUCCUGGAAAUGGCGUAGAAGAUUCAGGGUCUGAAAAUAAGGAAGAGCCGCAGCCACCGCUGACGUUACAGAGUUUUGAAGCCAAGGUUCCAAUUGACGUCCAUCCUGAAGAGGCGCACAGUCAUCAUCAUUUGACUCUCGACGAUCUUUUUGUGAAGGAUGCAUUUUUAGUGUUUAGGGCUUUGUGCAAGUUGACAAUGAAACCACUUAACACUGAGAGCGAACGGGACCUUAAAUCGCAUGGCAUGCGCUCGAGAUUAUUGUCGCUACAACUUGUCUUGACCGUUCUCAACUCACACAUGCCCCUAUUCGUUGACCCCACCGCCAUCAUCUAUUCAAGUUCAAACAACGAAGCGACUGGCUUUGUUCAGGCAAUUAACCAGUAUCUCUGUCUUUGUUUGAGUAGAAACGCCGUUAGCCCCAUUCCACAGGUUUUUGAAAUCAGUGUUGAGAUAUUUUGGCGCGUCCUAUCAGGAAUGCGGACGAAGUUGAAGAAAGAAAUCGAGGUUCUUCUGCAUGAAAUCUUUAUUCCGAUUUUGGAAAUGAAAACAUCGACGCUGAAACAAAAGGCUGUUAUUCUCGGCAUGUUGUCAAGGCUAUGUCAAGACCCCCAGGCGUUGGUUGAAAUGUAUCUCAACUACGACUGUGAUAGCGAAGCUGCAGAUAACAUAUAUGAACAUUUGAUGAAUAUUAUUUCCAAGUUCGGUACGGCAGCAUCACUGGGUCAUCCUCAACGAGCACCGGAGCCUCCAAGCCCUGCUUUGAGCCCAACACCAAAAAACCAGGGCAAUGCACAGGUUACAUGGAAUGUUAGCGGCCUUACUGUUCCCGGUACAAUGGACACAUCGACAAUGGGGCUUUCUGAGGGCCAGCUACGAAGGCAGGGCCUAGAAUGUCUUGUCGCCGUUCUCAGAUCUCUUGUUGCAUGGGGAACUUCAGCAAAUAAAAGCUCAGACGAAGGCACGGCGCCCCUGUUGUCUGCGAGAUCGCAUACAGAAGAAUCAAAACGGGAUCCUGUUACACCAGAGGCCAACCCGGAGAGGCUAUCUGUCAGUGGUCAAAGCGUAGAGACAUUUAGACAAGGCACACCCGACUACGGAGAUGAUCCUACUAAAUUUGAGAGCGCUAAGCAGAAGAAAACUACACUGUUAGAGGGUAUAAAGAAAUUCAAUUAUAAACCCAAGCGCGGUGUGCAAUUUUUGAUCGAGACCGGUUUCAUACCUAGCAAUUCACCCCAAGAUAUCGCCAAAUUUAUCCUGAAUACUGAUGGUCUUAAUAAAUCAGUCAUUGGAGAGUAUCUGGGAGAAGGAGACGAGGAGAACAUUGCUAUUAUGCACGCCUUCGUUGACUACCUAGAAUUCCGGGAUAUACCUUUCGUUGAGGCUCUUCGCACUUUCUUGCAGUCAUUCCGUCUACCAGGAGAGUCGCAAAAGAUUGAUCGAUUCAUGUUGAAGUUCGCGGAAAGAUAUAUCGCUGGAAAUGCCAAGACACCAUUCGCUAGCGCAGAAUCUGCAUAUGUUCUUGCAUAUUCCGUUGUCAUGCUGAACACGGACGCUCACAAUCCACAAAUUAAAAAGCGAAUGACCAAGGCAGAUUUCUUGAAGAACAAUCGCGGCAUCAACGAAGGAGCUGAUCUUCCUGAAGAGUUUUUGUCCCAAGUAUUCGAUGAUAUUGUUAAUAACGAAAUCAGGAUGAAAGACGAGGUCGAAGCAGGUCUCACGAUCCAAGCCCCUGGUCCUGGCCUUGCCAACGCCAUCGCCAGUGUAGGACGGGACUUGCAAAAGGAGGCGUAUGUCAUGCAGUCGAAUGGCAUGGCGAACAAGACAGAGGCACUUUUCAGGACUAUGAUGCGCACUCAGAGAAAGGGCUCCAAAGGUGGUGAUCAAUACUUCAGCGCCUCACAUUUUGUGCACGUUCGGCCAAUGUUCGAAGUUGCCUGGAUCCCCUUCCUCGCAGGACUAUCUGGACCUCUCCAAGAAACCGACGAUCUAGAAGUAGUGGAGCUGUGUUUGGAUGGGUUUAGGAAUGCUAUUCGUAUUGUCUGCUUCUUUGACCUGGAGCUGCAGCGGAAUGCCUUCGUUACGACUCUAGCCAAGUUUACUUUCCUCAAUAAUUUGGGCGAGAUGAAAACGAAGAAUAUGGAAGCUAUUAAAGCACUUUUGGAUGUUGCGGUAACCGAGGGCAAUAAUCUAAAGGGCUCAUGGCAUGAAGUACUGACGUGCGUAAGUCAACUUGAACACAUGCAACUCAUUGGGACAGGGGCAGAUCUUGUAGAGGGCGGCAAGAAAGGACGUUCAAGAAAGGUUCCCACAGAGGAAUUGGCAAACGAGAGUCGGUCUACACAUAUUACGGUAGCAGCGGAUAUGGUGUUCUCAUUGAGUCACUACCUUUCCGGGACUGCUAUCGUUGAUUUCGUUCAAGCUCUGUGUGAUGUUUCAUGGGAAGAAAUUCAAUCAUCAGGCCUUUCGCAACACCCUCGAUUAUUCAGUUUACAGAAGCUGGUCGAUAUAUCCUACUACAACAUGACACGUAUCCGUCUUGAGUGGUCGAAUCUGUGGGAUAUUUUAGGGGAACAUUUCAAUCUGGUUUGUUGUCACAACAAUCCUCAUGUUGCAAGUUUUGCCCUCGACUCCCUGCGCCAACUGGCUAUGCGAUUUUUGGAAAAGGAGGAAUUGCCUCACUUCAAGUUCCAAAAGGACUUUUUGAAACCAUUUGAAUACACCAUGACACACAAUCAGAAUCCCGACAUACGCGACCUUGUGCUUCAAUGUCUCCAACAAAUGAUUCAAGCUAGGUCACAAAAUCUGAGAUCUGGUUGGAGGACAAUGUUUGGAGUGUUUUCUGCAGCGUCAAAAGUUCUGACUGAACGAGUUGCCAACUCCGCCUUCGAAAUCAUUACCAGGAUAAACAAGGAUCAUUUCAAUGCCAUUGUACAAUAUGGCGCCUUUGCUGAUCUGACAGUAUGCAUUACUGAAUUCUGCAAAGUUAGCAAAUACCAAAAGAUCAGCUUGUUGGCCAUUGCAAUGCUGCGUGGGGUCAUCCCAGUGAUGCUCCAGUCACCAGUCUGUGCAUUAAAUACUGAAGUUGCUGCUCCUGACCAACCAAUGGACGACACGAUGAUCAAGUUCUGGUUCCCGGUCCUCUUUGGUUUCUAUGAUAUCAUCAUGAAUGGCGAAGACCUCGAAGUUAGGCGACUAGCUUUGGAUUCUUUGUUCUCGACACUGAAAACGUAUGGUGCUACCUAUCCUGUCGAAUUUUGGGAUACCGUCUGUCAAGAGCUUCUCUUCCCAAUAUUUGCUGUUUUGAAGUCAAGUCAAGACCUUUCACGUUUCAGUACUCAGGAAGACAUGAGUGUUUGGCUGUCGACCACUAUGAUACAAGCACUCCGGGACCUGAUCGACUUGUAUACAUUCUACUUUGAUAUCUUAGAACGAUUUUUGGAUGGUUUGCUGGAUUUGCUGUGCGUGUGCAUUUGUCAAGUCGUAGAAAAUGACACGCUUGCAAGGAUCGGAACAUCGUGUCUUCAGCAGUUGUUAGAGAACAAUGUAAAGAAGCUAAGUCCUGCUCGCUGGGAGCGAAUCACCGCCACCUUUGUCCGACUCUUCAGAACUACAACGCCGCAUCAACUUUUCGAUGAAAGCCUGCGCGUUGAGAUCGACAGCUCUUCAGAAGCUGUUGCUGCUGAUUCAGAAUCCAAUGGCGUGGCUAUACUUCCCGCCCCUUUGUCUCCAAAUAAUGAGACACCAAAAGUAGACGUUCGAGCGUCUCUGACCGAUCGCCGCAGGAUCUUCAAGCAGAUCAUCGUGAAAUGUGUUUUGCAGUUGCUUCUAAUCGAAACGACAAACGAUCUGCUACGCAAUGACGACGUGUACAAUACUAUUCCUCCCACACAACUUCUUCGUAUGAUGAGUGUCCUGGAUCAGAGUUAUCAGUUUGCAAGGUCUUUCAACGAAGACAAGGAUCUCCGCACUGGCUUGUGGAAAGUUGGGUUUAUGAAACAUCUUCCCAACUUGUUGAAACAAGAGUCAAGUAGCGCUGCUACUUUGGUUCAUGUCCUUUUGCGAAUGUAUCAUGAUACACGGCCGGAGCACCAGGCUGCCCGUCCACAAAUCGCUGAGCGAUUGGUCCCCCUUGGCGUUGGGGUCCUUCGAGACUUUAACAAACUGAAGGCGGAUACUCAAAGUAAAAUGAUCCAAGCAUGGACACCUGUCGUGGCUGCAACUCUAGAUGGGUUCUGCCGCUUCGACCGCCAAGACUACCUGACGGUUAUUUACCCUCUCGCCACGGAUCUCCUGUCGCGGGAUAUUGCGCCAGAAGUUCGCGAGCCGCUGAAAACGUAUUUCGAGCGAGUUGGCUACGUCAAACGUAUUAUAGAUACCGAGCCAUGA